AUGAAACUUGAUGAAAUAAUUAACUAUGAUACUGCAAUUCUGACUCUUUCCAAGGUAGGUGAUAUUGUUCGACCUUUCAAAAUCAGCAAUGAAGGGGAAACACUUUACAAAUUGAGGAAACUACAACUUGAAGUAUAUUUAGAUCAACCAAAUGAGGAUGAAAUUAAUCAAUUCUUAAAUAAAUUUAAGUUGCACACCGACUGUUAUACUGUCUAUGAUAAACCAACACUAUUGAAAAUAUUAUUAAGGUUACACCACUUUGAAUCGCUAACAAAAAUACCUCAUAGUGGUACAACACAACUGUUUAGAAUAAUUGCCGAUUUCAUUAGAUGGUUUUGGAGAGAUACAUUUAAUAAGUUUGUCAAUCGUGAUUUGGAAACAUUUUUCGAAAAAUACAUGAUGUUCUCUCUUUAUUUAAGUUUUGAUCAUCCUAAAUUGAAUGCUACUACAAAUACAAGGAGUGCCAUCAAGGGCAACGCAAAAAGUAAUGCAACUAAAGAGACCUUCCACUACACGUUGAAGAAUAGGAUUGGGUUGUUAUACCCAUCUUCAAAUAUCCAAACAUUUGAGGUUAAAAAUAUUGAGUUAACAAGACACAGAUUCUUAGAGAUUCCUACAUUAGCAUUCUUAACAUAUACAUUUGAUCUCAAAAGUAGGAUAGAAAAGGACAUUGAAACAAUUGUACAGACAAACUUGCUACAAAUUCCUGUCAGCAUUUGUAAUAUAUUAUUUAAAAAAUUCAGUCUCCAGGGUGGUAGAGAAGUAACCAAAGAAAUUAAAGGUGAAACGUUGACAGUAGAACCAAAUCUUGAUAUUGAGUUGUCCCUGUCGACACUCCCAGUGGAAAUUGAAGCCGAACACCUCAAGAAACAUAUCGAUAAUUUCUACAACCUGAGGCUCACUGCCAUUGAAAGUGUUCCAUUUUUAGAAAUCAUUUCUCAAGUUUAUCGUGAAAUGAUAGCAACAUCCAGUACUUAUGCUUUUCUUAGUGAUUAUGUAUCCACAUUCAUCAUUCAGUUAAAUGACACCAAUGUAGGAGACUUUGAAGGAGUUAAUUUUUGUAGAUUAGUAAGGUCAGUUAAUUUCCUGAUCUAUGAAUUGGAUCUCAACAGCAAAUACUCAGUAUCUACUCAAAUUUUCAAUUUCCUUGUUGAAUCCCAAAAAGAAUAUCAUAAAAUGAAAGACGUUAUGGAUGUCAAUGAAUUACGCUGUUGGAUUGAAAAUCCCGUCAGGGAUAACUUGGUAGAAAUAAUUUAUUCUGAAUUUUCUAAAGUUUAUGAUAAAUUAAUUCAUCCUUAUAAUAGUGAGAAUGAAUGUAUCUGA